GGCGUCAGGUGCCGGUGCGAGAGCGUGGGCCGCGCGCGCGCCGAGCGCCGCUGCUCCUCGGCGUAGCCCGACUGAGGCAGGCAUGGCGCGCGCGGACGGCGACGGGCGCGAAUUGGAGAUGGACGAGGAGGACCAGGACGAGGCGGCGCUGGGCUUCGAGCACACGCUGAUGUAUGGUCGCUAUUCCAAGGAUCUCGGGGAGUUCGCCAAGACAGAGUCGAAGCGUCUGAAAGAGAUCGACAAGAAGAGAAAGCUGGACGAGAAACUGCGACGCCAGGAGUUGCACCGGUAUCGCGGAAAGUGGACACGGCGUGUGGGCAAAGUGUUCGGGUUUGUGUGGAAGAAGACAUUUGCGAGGAUUGGUGAAGACUGGGUGUUCUUGACUGUGCUAGGGGUCUUGAUGGCGUUAAUCAGCUUUGUCAUGGACUACGGAAUCGCCAUGUGCAAUAAAGGUAAGUCUUUUGUUGGGCAUGCGUUGAUAUCUGCGGACUUUGCCCUAUGAUUACGCAAAACAUUAUGCUUGUGAUGAUUGGUUGGAAACAGACGUACGCUUCUCGCAGAUGACCUUGCCGUGCAGUUUGUAUGCGUGUUUUUACUAAGGCCUGUAUUACCAUUGGCAGUGAUGGUGCUUCAUAUGAAAAU